AUGUCCGACUCAAAGUUCCAGCUGAUCGCCACGGCGCUGGCCUCAGGGGUCGCAGCCGCCAGCGUGGUUUUGGGAUACCAGCAGGAGCGACAGGGAGCUGUCCAAGAGCCGACAGCUGACCGACUUUGGCGCGACCCUCCCCCCAACGCCGACAAGGAGGACCUCCGCAACGCGGCGCUGGCCAAGCGCGCACUGUCGGGCGACUACGACGAGGACCUGGUGCGGGAGCAGCUGGCGCGCAACGGCGCCUUCCUGGGGGCCGACGGCCUGUCCCGGCUGCGCGGCGCCUUCGUCGUGGUGGUGGGCUGCGGCGGCGUCGGCUCGCACUGCGCCACGUCGCUGGCCCGGUCCGGCCUCGGCCGCCUGCGCCUCGUCGACUUCGACAACGUCUCGCUGUCGUCGCUGAACCGCCACGCCGUCGCCACCCUCGCCGACGUCGGCACCCAGAAGACGGCCUGCCUGCGCCGCCGUCUCGUCGCCAUCGCCCCCUGGGUCGACUUUGACCUGUGCACCGAGAAGUUUGACGCCGCCGCCGCCCCGUACCUGCUCGGCCCGUGGGCGGCCGAGGGGGAAGGGGGCACUGCCGCCGCCGCCGCCGCCGCCGCCGCCGGCCCCAAGCCCGACUUCGUCGUCGACGCCAUCGACAACAUCGACACCAAGGUCGAGCUGCUGCGGUACUGCCACGAGCACAAGAUCCCCGUCGUCUCGUCCAUGGGCGCCGGCUGCAAGAGCGACCCGACAAAGGUCAUGGUGGGCGACAUCGGCGCCAGCACCGACGACCCCCUCUCGCGCGCCACGCGGCGCCGGCUCAAGCUGCUGGGCAUCACGAGCGGCAUCCCCGUCGUCUUCUCGACCGAGAAGGCCGGCGAGGGCAAGGCCGAGCUGCUGCCCCUGCCCGACGAGGAGUACCACAAGGGCACGCCCGGCGACCUCGGCGUCCUACCCGACUUUAGGGUCCGCAUCCUUCCCGUGCUCGGCACCAUGCCGGCCGUGUUUGGAUACACGGCUGCGAACCAUGUCAUGUUGAGCAUUACAGGAUACCCAACAGACUACGCCCCCGCCAAGGCGAGGGACAAGCUGUACGACCAGGUGCUCGCGGGGCUGCAGGCCUCCGAGACCAAGCUGGUGCGGCACCGCAACGGCGGCGGCGCCGAGGUCGCCGUCGGGCUCAAGACGCCCAUCGCGGCCGGCGACAUCGCCUUUCUGGUCGAGGAGGUCUGGGGCGGCCGCAGCGCCGUGACGGGCAUCUCGACGCGCCUCAACCUCGUCCGCUGGCGCCGGCCCCGCGAGAACCCGCUGAUCGUGAUCGGCGGGGAGGGGGAGGAAGAGGAAGAAGAAGAAAAAGAGGGGGAAGGGGGCGAGAAGCUGCAGGUGCAAAAGUCCACCAGGCUCCCGCUGGGCGAGCUGGUCUGCGUGACAAAGGAGGAGGCGGCCGUGCACAUGCGCGAGGUGGUGCUGGGGGAGAAGGAGCCAGAGGAGCUGUACGACGCAGAGGUGAUCGAGAGGGUGGAGAGGAAGCUGAAGGUGGCGGCCUCGUAUGAAAAGUACAGGUAGAGCUGCGCAAUGCAAAAUCCAAGAAACCG